AUGAGCAAAGUGGUCGAUAAAGCGGUGGACAAAGCAGGGCCUUUAUUUAUUGCCAUUGGCGUCUUCCUCAUUGACCUGUGCGUCCUUGCUUUUUAUGGCGUCGUUUUCCCGUACUCGCAUGCGUGGUCUGAUGCUUCUUUCUUUGGCAAAGUAUGGAUCGCUCUCGUUUUGACAUUCACGUUAUACAUGGUCUACUGCAUACACUUCCACUAUUAUAUGGCUAUAAAGACACCACCUGGUAGUACAACAACAACAACAACAACCAGCAGCUCCAGUAGUAAUCCAUCAACUCUUGAUUCAUCAACCAGCAACCGUCAGGAACAUGAUGCGAAUGGUCGUGAAAUGCUCUUGGAUAUGGAAGAAUCAGGAACAGUAAAGCUAUGCAAGAAAUGUCAUUUGCCAAAACCUGAACGAGCGCAUCAUUGCAGCGUAUGUAACAAAUGUAUCAUGCGUUUUGAUCACCACUGUCCAUGGAUCCACAAUUGCGUCGGCCACUUUAAUCAUCGAUACUUUGUCCUAUUCAUGACCUACCUGGUACUCUCCGCUGCUUACUUUGUCUAUUUUGGUUGGAGGCCUUUUAUCAUUUCGAUGGAUGUGGUGAACAGUGAUUGGCCAUAUUACUUUCCACGACCCUUAAUGGCGUUUUGCAUCAUUCUUGCUAUUUGUAUGGGAUUGGCAAUCGGCGGUCUUUGUGGUUGGCAUUAUUUUUUAAUCCUCACUGGACAAACCACGGUGGAGUACUACAACAACGACUACGACAAACGUCAAUGCAAGCGACAAGGCGAGGUCUUUAUCAACAUGUACGAUUUUGGGGUCAAGCAAAACUUUUAUUAUUUCUUCAACAUUUGCGAGCGCUUUCCCUGGUAUACUGUGCUUUAUCCUAUACCCAUUCCGCCUCGGGGAAAUGGACGUGUAUUCGAGAAAUGCGAAGCAUUCUACCUAUUACCCCGAUCGCGCCAAAACGAAUAUAUGCAGAUGCAGAAUGAAAGCCAAGAGAUUGACGACAUGAAAGACUUUUAA